CCGCCCCGAGACGAUCCCUGGGCCUCGCCCUUGCUGGCGGCGGCCGCGCUGAGGCGCCCUCGCAGCGCCUCGGCGUCGCCGCCGCGCGAGGACGUGCGCCGCUUCCUCAGCGAGACGGACGAGCAGGAGGUGCUGGGCGUGCUGCACGAGCAGUUCCGGCACGAGCAGCGUAUCACCUCGGACGACGUGCGCUUCGUGGUGCGCGCUGUCGCCAGCCACGGCGGCGCCGCCGCCAUCCCGCCGGACUUCCCGCCGGCGCGCUGGAUCCUCGAGUUCAAGAGAGCGCACGGCUUCGCGCUGCUCGGCGGCAGCGCCAGCUUCCCGUUUGGACUGCCCGAGCGCAUUGGCAGCAGCCGCAGCAGCAGCAUCGCCCGCGUGACCAACAGCAAUGCGAGUUGCGGGGGCAGCAGCAGCGACGACGAGCGAGAUAGAAGCGAGCGCAAUGUGGGCCGCUACGCGGGCGAGCCUAACGCCUUCUCGCGCUUCGGCGUGCGCCCGGACUUCGAUGGCGGCUCGCCGCUGCAGCACGCGCGGCGUCAGCAACAGCAACAACAGCAGCACCAGCGUCGUUCCAUGGUGGUGGACGACCGCCGAGCGGCCGCCCUGUGGGCCCAGCGUGAACAUUCAGGAGACAGGGAGGAGCUCGGCUCCAACACGAGCAGCGGCAGCUUUGACAGCGAGAACGGCAACACGACCGGAGCCAGCAGCAGCUCCAGCGUCAACACGAGUCUGGCGCCGCCACCUUCCACAACCACCGCUGCCAGCAGUAACUAUGACUCGUCGCAGGACAGCGCAUCGAGCGAGAAGCGCGGCUACAAGCUGAGCCACACGGUGCCGCCCGAGACGUGGGAGAAGGCCAUCGCGGCCGUAGAGCAGCAGGGCAUGAGCUUGCGCGCCGCUGCUAAAAUCUACGGAGUGCACUUUGCGGCGCUGCAUCGCCGCGUGAAGAAGCGCGCGCAGGGAGGCCAGUCGUCCAAGGGCAACAAUGGAUACUUCCACCCGAGCGACGAGGCUGGUAUCAUGCGCGUGGUGGUAGCUCGCGCGGAGCUCGGCGUGCUCAUGACGUUCGACGAGCUCAUGAAACUCGUGGAGACUGCUGCGCUGCGCAAACUGCCGGACAUUUCUGUGGAGAACGCGCGCAAGCUGAUGGUGCGUUUCCAGACACGCAACGAGCAGUCCAUCCGGCAUAUAAUCGUGGACUGGCCACCUCCAUUGCCGUCGCUGUCGUCGGGCACCAGUGCGAGUCACUAUCGUCUGGAACACCCGGGCUUCGACUACGCUAGCGAACCGUCACCAUCCGCCAGCAUGCAGCGACCGUUUUCGACGUGCGUCACUGGAAGCACGGGCGGCACAGCAACAGCAGCGGCGGUCGCUGCGGCGCCUCCGUCACUGUUUGUUCCACCUGCUCGCGUGGACUCCUUCUCGUCUUUCGUCAGCGGCGACAACAAGAUUAACAGCAGACCUGUGCUGCCGAGCAUGAGUCUCGACAGAAGCCCCCUGAGGCCCCCCGACACGACCAUG